AUGGAAGCUUUGAUGGGAAUUCGUGGUCCUGAUUUCGUGAUGCUCGCUGCGGAUUGCACGCAUGCCCAUUCCAUCAUGGUGCUAAAGGACGACGAGGACAAGAUCUUGAAGGUGUCGGAUAAUUUGAUGAUGGCAACCAUGGGUGAAGCUGGCGAUCGUGUUCAGUUCACCGAGUAUAUUAGCAAAAACAUACUGCUGUACAGAAUGCGCAACGGCUACGAGCUCGGUCCGUUAGCUGCUGCACACUUCACACGCCGGAAUUUGGCCGAUUAUUUGCGGUCACGUACGCCUUACCAUGUGAACAUUUUAGUCGGAGGUUACGAUGAAGUGGAUGGUCCCCAGCUACAUUACAUCGACUAUUUGGCCAACUCUUUGCCGGUAAAGCAUGCAGCUCACGGUUAUGGUGGCAUGUUUGUGAAUAGUAUCUUCGACCGGUACCAUCACGAUAAGAUCACGCAAAAAGAAGCGUAUGAAAUUUUCCUUAAAGGUGUUACGGAAAUUCACAAACGUCUGAUUUUGAAUCUACCCAAUUUCAAAGUGGCCGUGAUAGAUAAAGAUGGUGUAAAAUACCUUGAUGACAUCACACCAGAUUCCGUGAAACAAGCUUCUGCUGCUUAA